AUGGGUUUUCCUGAAGCUGCCCGGUCUUUUAGAACUUAUCAGAUUGAAGCUGCUCCUACAGAUGGAUUUAAGGCAAAUCUUGUCUUUAAGGAGAUUGAGAGGAAACUUGAAGAGAUAGGAAGGCUGAUGGCACAAUCAGUGGCUGACUCAGACUUACGGGCUUUAAUGACUGGUAGAUGAAUGAAUCCUCAGUCCGCCUUCUUUCCAGGCAAAUUGAAAGUUACUGGCAACGCGGAUCUGGCCAUGAAGUUACGAAACCUUCAGCCUCAGCCAGGCAGAGCUAAGCCGUGA